CGCUCGAGACGCAGCGGCAGAGAGGGGAGCUCGCGCUUCUUGCUCCGGGGAUAUCACCUCUGACGGACUUGAUAUCAAACCAAAAAAAAAAUUAAAAUAAAUAAAUACGCAGUUCAUCUCUGACUAUGACCACUUGGGUGUCAAUUAACAAGUGCAGUUUCUCGGGACAUAAACUGCUCUAAUGGUUUUUACCGUCACUGGUUUUAAUGUGUUUUAUGUGUUUGCGCUCAACAGUGAGGUAGACUCAUUUUCCAGGAGUGUCGGAUUUAUCCCGUGGAUGCGGCUGCAGGGGUCGGUGUCUGAGCCCCGCAGGAUCAGCCUGUCAUAGGGCAUCAUGAUUUCUCGGGUUGUUCACAAGUGGAUGAGGAAUAUUUCUCCCGAGAUGCUGCUGUUGGUGCCCAUGUUGUGGUUUUUACCUCUGACUGGAGCGGCUCCUUCUGUCACUACCGAGCAGCUGGACACUGGGGUGGACUGGCUAAGUAAGUUUGGCUACCUCCCACCCCCUGACCCAGUGACUGGUCAGCUUCAGACCAAGGAGGCCCUGACCAAGGCCAUCAAAGCCAUGCAGAAGUUUGGGGGGCUGGAGGAGACCGGAGUCUUUGACCAAGCCACACUGGGUCUAAUGAAAACACCCAGAUGUUCCCUGCCAGAUGUUUCUGAGGCAGACGUGACAAUGGGCCGCAGGAAACGAAGCCUGACUCCUCAGAACAAAUGGAAUAAGAGGCAUCUAUCCUGGAGAGUGAGAACCUUCCCCAAGGAUUCAGCCUUACUGGGCAGGGACACUGUUCGAGCCCUCAUGUACUACGCCUUGAAGGUCUGGAGUGACAUCGCACCACUUAACUUCCACGAGGUAGCAGGAAGUGAUGCAGACAUUCAAAUCGACUUCACUAAGGCCGACCACAAUGAUGGAUAUCCCUUUGAUGGGCCAGGGGGCACCGUGGCGCAUGCAUUUUUCCCUGGAGAGAGGUUCACAGCUGGGGAUACACACUUUGAUGAUGAUGAGGCCUGGACCUUCAGAUCACCAGACUCUCAUGGGAUGGAUCUCUUUGCGGUUGCAGUCCAUGAGUUCGGUCAUGCCAUCGGCCUGGUGCACACCUCAGCAAUAGAGUCCAUCAUGAGACCGUACUACCAGGGUCCUGUAGGAGACCCUCUAAAAUAUGACCUACCCUAUGAAGACAAGGUCCGCGUCUGGCAGCUCUACGGUGUCAGAGACUCAGUGUCACACACAAACCGACCAGGCAACCCCUCCCAGACUGCUGAACCUCCUGUCUUGCUGGACCUUCCUGAAAACAGAUCUAGUGUUCUGCUGGCGCGAGAUGCCCCCGACAGAUGCACUAGUCACUUUGAUGCAGUGGCCCAGAUACGAGGGGAGGCCUUCUUUUUCAAAGGAAAGUACUUCUGGAGACUAACAAGAGAGAAGCACCUGGUGUCUCUGCGUCCGGCUCAGAUCCAUCGCUUCUGGAGGGGCCUCCCAACCAAUCUGGACAGUGUGGAUGCUGUGUACGAGAGGCCUGGGGACCACAAAAUAGUCUUUUUCAAAGGUCUAAAGUACUGGGUAUUUAAAGACAAUAUCGUGGAGGAAGGUUACCCUCGUCCAAUAAGCGACUUUGGCCUACCCUCCGACGGCGUGGAUGCAGCCUUUGUUUGGCUACACAACGACAAAACCUACUUCUUCAAGGACAACAGCUACUGGCGCUACGAUGACCACCUAAGGCGCAUGGACCUGGGCUACCCUAAAGACAGCACGCUUUGGAAAGGGCUGCCACCAAACUUGGACGACGCCAUGAGGUGGUCUGAUGGCUCAUCCUAUUUCUUCAAGGGGAAGGAGUACUGGCGAGUGCCUGGCAGUGACAUGGAGGUGGAGGCAGGAUACCCCCGCCUCAUUGCUAAAGACUGGCUGCUGUGCACAGAGAUGCAGUCAGACUCUCCAGACACGGAGCCCAAAAGCACGGAGACGAGAGGCAACGCGCACCAUCACCCGGACCACGCAGAGAAUGGAUACGAGGUGUGCUCCUGCACCUCCGAUAGCGCCUCGCCUUUAGGCGCCCGCCCCUCCCCAUCUCCCAUGUGGCUGUUGCCACCUCUCUGGACGCUCUCGCUGGCCCUCCGCUCUGAACUGCUAUGAUGCCAAAGCAUUGGACAGAGUUCCUGAACUGUUUGGUGGAGGGCCAGUUGACACUGGAAAGUGGAUGAACUGUGAAGUUUUGUUCCUAUUAUAUGAUUUUGUAUACUUUAUGAUAUCUAAUUUUGCUGUUAUUUAUUUUACAGAUCUUGGUGGGCACUAACUAAAGCAGCCAGUUUUUCAUUGAAUGGUCAUACUGCCUCAUCUCUGCAAGGAAAAGAGUUAAUGAAUAUAGAGAAGAGCAGCCAACAGCAUCAAUG